AUGUCCCUCUAUUAUGACGCCGCAGCGGUCUUGACAACUGACGCACUCGGAGGAUCUCUCAAGUCGAGGAUCUACGGAAACAAGCUGGACCUGAAAUCAAAGCCUACACAUCUAUAUGCCCUGAUCUCGGAGACUGCGAAAUUCGACCUCUUCCUCAAAGAAGUCAUCGACAAUGCUGGCAUUCUGUCGCACGAAGUAAAGUUGACCCCGACACUUUCUCUACUCCUCAUCCACGACCACUUCUUCUCGAAAGGUGGGAUUGCAGCCUCCUCGAAUCAUAUCCUCCGACAAGCGAUAGAAAGGCACAAAGCAAGAUUACAUGCAGAAUUCACAAAGGCUAGAUUGAGGAGGAAAUGUGCAACCCUGGAUGAGCUGAAACAGCAUCUUUUGACAGAGAGGCCAUCAGUGCACCGCUCACAACCGCGAUGGGUUCGAAUCAACACGUUGAAAUCGAACAUUAACGAGCAACUGGCAACCACUUUCAAUGGGUUCAGGACCGACGCAACGAUUGCCGAAGUCGCAGCAUCACCUAACACCGCCAAAGUCCUAGCUAUAGACGAGACGAUACCCGAUGUACUCGCACUACCUCCCGAAGCGGACUUCACAAAAACAGAAGCAUACAAGCUGGGGAAGCUCAUUUUGCAGGACAAGGCCUCCUGCUUUCCGGCAUACUUACUGGUUGGAAAACCAGACGAUGACACCGCCAUUGGCGAUUGUAUAGAUGGCUGUGCGGCGCCUGGAAACAAGACCUCACACCUUGCUGCUCUUCUUGGUGGCUUAGGGAACACAGCGCACAAGAUCUAUGCCUGUGAAAGGGAUGCUACUCGCUCGAAAACGUUGAGAACUAUGAUGCAGAGAAGCGGGGCAGACAGUGUGAAGGUACUGUUUGGGCAGGAUUUCCUAGCCCUUGAUCCUGGCUCUUCCAAGUACCAGAAUGUCACUCAUCUACUGCUUGACCCAAGUUGCUCUGGUAGUGGAAUCGUAGGGCGUGAGGAUGUUCCCUCGUUAGCCCUGCCGCUGGAUCCGAGAGCUCAGAAGACCCAGACAGGCAAAGCUGAAGCAACUUCGAAGAAGAGAAAGAGAGGUCGAGAAGAGGUUCAACAUGUACGGAUGGUGGAGGAUGGUCCUACUGAUGCGGAAGAAACGAUGGAAGCAGCACCAGACAUGGAGCGGCUGCAAAAGCUAUCGGGCUUGCAGACCAGGAUCGUGGAACAUGCUUUGUCUUUUCCUGCCGCUACACGAGUCACCUAUUCGACCUGCUCUAUCCACGUUGAGGAGAAUGAAGCUGUCGUGUCGCGGGUCCUAGCUUCUGAGAUUGCCAGGUCAAGAGGCUGGCGUGUGCUACGGAGAGAAGAGCAGCCGGAUGGACUGCGGGCCUGGGAGCACCGGGGGGUCGCCGAUCCAGCUGUGGUUGGCAGUCCUGCUCUUGACGAGGAGCAAUUGCAAGCCUGCAUUCGUUGCUACCCUGGCCACGAGGAGGGCACUAUGGGGUUCUUCGUUUGUGGCUUUGUUCGUGCCGAAGAAGGUGGAACCGGUCUAGAAGAGACCGAUGAUAGUUGGGAGGGGUUUGAUGGAUGA